AACCGAAUAAAUAAGGAGGGGUGGAGGGAAGAUGCCAACAGGCAGCAGUAGGAGUGUCAGGGUUGUGUGAGGGGAAGAGUACGGGAAGCACUCACUCCUUUGAACAGCCAGCUGCUGGACCACCCCCCAAGUCAACAAAUGGAGGGUGUGAUGUGGCCAAGCCUGGCAGCGCACAGCUGAAUCAAGUCUCUCUGGCAGACGCCACCGUCACGCUCACAGACGCUGUGAGCUUCAGACACCUGGGAAGACCGCGCUUUCCAUCACACCUGUGUCGUUCUUCUGGACUUCUGAGACACGGCCGCCUCUCUUUUGAGUGGUGCCUGGGAAGAUGACCGCUCUCAGAUAAGAGACUCUACACGGAAGAGUUAAACAUGGAGACCUGGGGUGGACACACAAUGGGGCGAAGUGCCUGUGGCAACUGGGCCGUUGUGCUGCUGAGAGGGGGAGGGGGCGGAGAGAAGACCGGCACACAGAGGAGCUAACGCAGCCAGCCAGCCCUCCCUCCUGCCCGCCCGCCCGCCUGACUGACUGCCGGCCCAAGGCCUCUCCUCCUCCUUCACUGCUGCCUGGGCUCAGGCUUGCGUUCGCUCGCGCUCUCUCACUCGCUCGCUGUCGGUUGGUCGUCAGUUCUUUUCUCGCUAGCGCCGUCCGGCCUAGGACGCCCAGCUCUUGGGCUUCCUUCAGACGUUUUUCUCUCGGAAAAAGGGGAAAUUCCACCCCUUCCUUCGGCGCAGCACUAUGGAUUAAUAUCAGCCUGUGUGUGUGAGAGUGUGGUGGCUCAAUGGAUUUCUUUGGGAUAUACCAGUCCAUGCCGGAGAUCUUGAGAAGGAACCCUUCCUGUACUUUGGACUAACCAGAGGGGAGAGCAAACUUUCUUUUCCUUUUCUUCCUCUUCCCCACCUUUCCUCUCUGCUCCUUUUGUCAUUCAGUUUCGUUUUGCGUCUCAGCGGAGUUCAUAAAUGGAUUACAAGAUGCAUUCCAAAUCAAAUGAUCUGCUGGAUUUUCAGACACUGGAUGCCCUUUUGGAAAAAAUUGCACACUAUUCUGUGGCUGUGAAAAGAGAGCCCAGCGAGGAGUGCAAUGGAAUCAGCGGUCCUCUCUCUGUGGAGCCCGCGCCCGGCUCGCGGCUGAACGAGUGGUGUCCCGCCGGCCUUCCCUCCGCCCCUGUGCCCGCACCGCACCUCGCCAGCAUGGGGGACGGUCUGGACGCAGCGCAGAUGUCUGGUCACAGCAGCGGCAGUGGUGGCCAGGGGCAGCUCUCUGCCCAGCCGACGGUCCCCACCCACAACCCGCCUGCCCCCGAGACCUCCAACCCCCUUCGGCCCAAGCGCCAGACCAACCAGCUGCAGUACCUGCUCAAGGUGGUUCUCAAGUCCCUGUGGAAGCACCAGUUCUCGUGGCCCUUCCAAGCUCCCGUAGAUGCAGUCAAACUCAGCCUGCCUGAUUACUACAAGAUUAUUAAGUGUCCUAUGGACAUGGGAACAAUCAAGAAGCGGCUAGAGAACAGCUACUAUUCUAAUGCCCAAGAAUGUAUCCAAGACUUCAACACCAUGUUCACCAACUGCUACAUCUACAACAAGCCCGGGGACGACAUUGUCUUAAUGGCGGAGGCCCUGGAGAAGAUGUUCCUGCAGAAGAUUUCCGAGAUGCCCACAGAGGAAACGGAGAUCACUGUGAUGACGGGCAAAGGUCGUGGCCGCGGCAGGAGCCGGGAUCCAGGCCUUAACUUGAAACCGGGCUCCGGCAUGGACUCCCCGUCGACAACCCCCCACACGCGCGGACUGUCCAGUAUGACCCCGGGACCGCAGACCCGAGGCCCGCCACCGCAGGGCCCGCCCCUGCUACCUCCCCAGCUACCUCCCCAGCUGCCUCCCCAGCUACCUCCCCAGCUACCUCCACAGCCCGCCAUGCAGCCCAUGCCCUUGCGAGUGCCCCCCAUGCUCCCUACGCACGCACCCCAACUCGGGCCGCCUUACUCGCUGGGCCCUCUGGACUGUGCCCCCCAGGCGCCCCCCAUCAUAACGUCGGUGCCUCCUCCCCCCGCCCAGACCACCCUGCCGCCCCCACCCAUCCAGCAGAGCGCCGCGGCCACCCUCCAGAGCGUCUCCCUCCCGCAGCCCAAACUUACAGCACGUUUUCCCAGAAGCCAGAAGCGGAAAGCAGACACGACGACGCCCACGGCCAACGACCAGCUGAGCGAGUCCUCGCCAGCCGAGUCCAAGUCGGGCAAGACGCUGCGGGGUGCUACAAUGCGGCCCACCAAGCUGCCCAAGAAGGAGGCACCGGACUCGCAGCACCACCUGGGCCUGCUGGCCACAGGCGGCGGCGCGCACAGCCCCAAGCAGCAGGAGCAGAUGCGCUACUGCGCUGGCAUCGUCAAGGAGAUGUUCGCCAAGAAGCAUGCCGCCUACGCCUGGCCAUUCUACAAGCCCGUGGACGUGGAUGCACUGGGCCUGCACGACUACCACGACAUCAUCAAGCAUCCCAUGGACCUUAGCACCAUCAAGGUUAAACUGGACAACAGGCAGUACCGGGACGCACAGGAGUUUGCAGGUGACGUCCGGUUAAUGUUCUCCAACUGCUACAAGUACAACCCUCCCGACCAUGAAGUGGUUUCUAUGGCACGGAAACUACAGGACGUUUUUGAGAUGCGCUUUGCAAAGAUGCCGGACGAGCCUGAGGAGACGUUGACUCCCGCGCCGGCUCCCAUUCUUCACCCAGCACCUAUCAAGACGCAGCCUCCCCUGGCCCCCGUGUCCUCCUCGGACUCCUCCAGUGACUCUUCCUCGGAGUCGGACUCCUCCACGGACGACUCUGAGGAGGAACGCGCUCAGAGACUGGCUGAGCUUCAGGAGCAGCUGAAAGCCGUCCAUGAGCAGCUGGCUGCCCUGUCUCAGCCCCAGGCCAGCAAACCAAAGAAGAAGGAGAAGGAGAAAAAGGAGAAGAAGAAAGACAAGCACAAAAAGAAGGCGGGAGCAGGAGGCAUUUCUGCGCUGGACGAGCUCCCCGAGCCCCCGAUCCCUGCCCUGCCGCCCCCCAAGAAGAGCAAGAACAACAAGGACCCACUGCCUAAGAAGACCAAGAAGCCUGGUAAGAAGGACGGUGUGAAGAAUAACCGCUCCAUCCCUCCACCGGGCCCCGUGCCCCCCACCCUGCAGCCCGUGCCCAGCCUGGACUCGGAGGAGGACCUGCUGGGCUCCGGUGGGGCCCCUGGGGGUCCAGGCGGCCCGGAGAAGUGCAAGCCCAUGACGUACGAGGAGAAACGUCAGCUGAGCCUGGACAUCAACAAGCUGCCCGGGGACAAGCUAGGCCGUGUGGUGCACAUCAUCCAGUCUCGCGAGCCCUCGCUCAAGAACUCCAACCCCGACGAGAUCGAGAUCGACUUUGAGACGCUCAAGCCCUCCACGCUGCGAGAGCUGGAGAGAUACGUCUCGUCCUGCCUGCGGAAGAAGAGGAAGGCUCCAGAAAAGACCAUGGAAGCCCUGAGUGCCACCAAGACCAAGGGCUCCUCCUCUGACUCAGGCAGUAGCAGUGAGUCCAGCUCCUCAGACAGUGAAGAUUCCGAGACAGUGGGAAUGGUAUCCAAGCAGAAGAAGAAGGGUCACUCGGGGAAGGAGGGCAAGAAGCCUCACCACCAGGCCCUGGCGCCCGGCCUGGUCCAGCCCCACAUUGCCCCGCUGCCCCCGCCCCAGGUGCUGCAGCCCAUGGCCCAGCUGAAACAGCAGCAGCAGCAGCCCCAGCACCCGUCGCCCGUGGCCUACAUGCCCCCACCGCAGCCCGUCGCCGCCCUGGAGUCCUCGCAGCUCCUGGAGAACACGUUUGACUCCCUGCCCAACUUUGGGCAGCCCCUCAUGCACCUGUCGCACCACGCCAGCGAGUCCUCGUCCCCCGCCGGACCGCCACCGCACCUGGGCGCACCGCAGCCCGGCGGCACCGUGUCCCCCGAGACCCAUCCUUUCCUCAAUCAGCACGCCGUACUCCCCCCUCCAGCUCUGCACAACGCCAUGCCUCAGCAGCCUUCCCGGCCCAGCAACAGGGCGGCCGCUCUACCUCCCAAGCCCCCCCAGCAGACCAUGUCGCAGCAGCAGCAGCAGCAGCAGCAACACCCCACCCCGCCUCCGCAGCAGGCCCUGCAGCCCCAGCAGCUCCAGCCCCAGCCCCAGUCCCACCCCCACCCCCAGCCCCAGCCCCCUCAGCACCACCUGCCGCCCCACCUCAUGCACCCCCCGCAGCCCCUGCGCCAGCGCCCGCUCUCCCCGCCCACCCUCACCCCGCAGGGCCUGCUCUCCUCCCAGCCGCCCCAGAUGCUGCUGGAGGAUGACGAGGAGCCCGGGCCCACGCUGCCCCUCACCCCCAACCUGCAGCUCUACCUGCAGCACCUACAGGGCAGACAACAACAACAACAACAGGCCUCCCUGAUGCAGUCCCUGCCUAAUAGACAGCAGCAACAGCAGCAGGCAGGGCAGCCCCCUCUGCUUCAGUCCGUGCAGGUCCAAUCCCAGCUGGCUCCGUCGCAGCUCCCCGCACAGUCGCAGACCCCGACCCAGCAGCUCCAGCAGCAGCAGCAGCAUCAGGCCAGACACAUGCAGCAGCAGCAGCAACAGCAGCAGCAACAACAACAACAACAACAACAACAUCCCCAGCAGCAACAGCAGCAGAUGGGCUUCUCCCAGGGUCCCAUGCCCGGCAAUCAGACACAGCCAGCGCCGCAUAAAGUCUCCAUGCCCUCCAGUAAAGCACAGCAGAUCAUCCAACAGCAGCAGCAGCAGCAGCAGCCACAGUCACAGCAGUCUCAGCAACAGCAUCCCUCUCCACGUCAACACAAGGCAGACCCCUACAACACCGGUCACCUGAGGGAGUCUCCUCUCAUGAUGCAUUCCCCCCAGAUCUCACAGUACCAGCCCAUGCACCAGUCUCCCCCACACAACCUGCAACCCAAAAAGGAGCAGAGGCCUCCCUCGGUUCUGGGCGCGUUGAAGGAGGAGAAGCUGCCCCCAUCACCAGUCAUGCAGGGGGAGCCCUUCAGUCCCGCCAUGCGCCAGGACUCCCACAAGCAUCCGGAGCCAAAGGUUAUACCUGUCCACGGCCAACAGAGGGAGCCUAAGUCGUCGGACAGCUCGCGGCCUGUCAUCCGCUCGAUUGAUCUCCCCCCCUCAAUGCAAGAGAAGGACAAGUUCAAACAGGAGCCCAAAACGCCCGUCAGCCCCCAAAAAGGACGUGAAGUUAAAGAACAUGGGCUCGUGGUCGAGUCUGGCCCAGAAGUCGACCUCAACACCGUCGUCGGCACUCAAGUCGUCGAGUGACUCUUUUGAGCAGUUCCGCCGCUUCGCCCGCGAGAAGGAGGAGCGAGAGAAGGCCCUGAAGGCCCAGGCCGAGCAGGCCGAGAAGGACCGCCAGCGCCGUGAACAGGAGAAGCUACGGGGUCGAGAUGAGGAGGAUUCGCUGGAGCCGAGUCGGCGGCAGCACGAGGAGCCGCGUCGGAGACAGGAGCCACCACAGGUGCAGCCAGCCCAGCAGCCACCACAGCAGCAGCAGCAGGCAGCA